AUGGGCUUUCAGCCCAUAAGAUCUGUGAGGAUAAACAGCCUAACGGAGCACAGUAUAUCUAGGAGCAAGACACCUGUGGAUGACCCCAUGAGCCUGCUGUACAACAUGAAUGACUGCUAUUCCAAGCUGAAGGAACUGGUGCAGAGUAUUCCACAGAACAAGAAAGUCAGCAAGAUGGAAAUUCUGCAGCACGUCAUAGAUUACAUUCUGGAUCUGCAGAUCGCCUUGGAUUCCCAACCGACCAUCGUCAGUCUCCAUCAUUCCUGGCUGGGACCAAAUUCCUCAUCCACCAGGACACCACUGACCCUCCUAAACACAGACAUCAGCAUCUUGUCAUUGCAGGCAUCUGAAUUGUUAUUAGAGUUUAUCACGAAUGACAGGAACCUAGACACCUGGGCACUCCAACUGCAGCGCUAUUCUUUGCUUUUUUUUGCAAAAAGUGAAGAAUCAGAUACUAAUAUCAAUGAGAAUGAAAAUGAAGAGGGUGCUCCUUCUACCUCUAAUAUGGAAACAAGACAAGGAAGAAACAAAAGAAAUAAUUUUUUAGAGGAAGAUGCCUCUUCAACUGGAAACCCACCAGGAGAGGAGGCAGGGGCAAGUCCAAAAACCAAACAGGUCAAAAACAAAGACAAACAAAAGAGCGAUGCAAAAUGCUGGAAACCAUAA